AUGUGGCGAUCAAUUCCACAACAUCGAUCGAUCUUCACAAGAUCAGUCCACCUACAAAGGCUAUCCUCGAAAGUUCCUAUUGGACAUCGUACAUUAUCAUCAACUAAGCCAUCCACCUCAUCAUUAAGAUUGAACUUUCCAACCAAUCCAAUCUUACGCGGACUAGCCAUCAUAGGAGUCUCCUUUGGAGUAGUAACAGCAAGUUGUGGAACUUGUUUAAUUGGAUUAUUGAUUUAUGAUUCAACCACUUAUUCUGAUCGUCAUUUAGAUCGAGUUCCAACUCAUACACUUUCUCUUACUUCUCAUCGUGGUGGUCCUAAAAACCUCAAAAUUGCGGAUGAUUUGUUAGGUGAUCAUGAUGAUGAUGAUCAAAAUGCUCAGAAUUCUAAGAAACCCAAAUUGGUCAUCAUUGGUGGAGGUUGGGGCGGUGUAGGAUUGAUCAACUCGCUCGAUCCAGAUAACUAUCAUGUAGUAGUAAUUGCGCCAGAAAACUAUAAUCUCUUCACCCCUCUCUUACCAUCAGCCACAGUAGGAACAGUCGAGACGCGAACAUUAGUAGAACCGAUCCGAAAGAUCGUUGCUAGAGUUAAAGGACAUUACCUUCAAGGUUCUGCAGUUGAUAUAGAUUUAAAGUCUAGAUUAGUAGAAGUGAAACCGACGGUUGAAAAUCAAGAAGCCUUUUACGUUCCAUAUGAUAAAUUAGUCAUCUCAGUGGGUUCAGUAUCAAAUACACAUGGAGUACCUGGAUUAAAUAAUUGUUCACAACUCAAGACGAUAAAUGAUGUAAGAGAAAUCAGAUCGAAGAUUAUCAAUAAUUUAGAAACGGCUAAUUUACCAGCAGUAGAAGAAGAAGAAAGGAAAAGGUUAUUGAGUUUUGUGGUUUGUGGUGGUGGUCCAACUGGGGUUGAAUUUGCUUCUGAGUUAUACGACAUGAUCACUGAAGAUAUGCUCAAAUAUUUCCCAAAAUUAUUAGGAAGUGAAGUAUCUAUCCACUUGAUUCAAUCUAGAGAUCAUAUCCUCAAUACCUACAGUGAAAAAAUCUCACAAUAUGCUGAGAAACGUUUCGCCAAAGCUGAAAUUGAUACAAUCCUGAAUGCACGCGUCAAAGAGAUCACACCCACUUCAGUGACAUAUACUAAUAAAACAGAUAAAAAAGAACAUACGAUUCCAGCUGGAUUUGUAUUAUGGUCCACUGGAAUUGCCAUGAAUCCAUUUACGAAAAAAGUGGCAGGAUAUUUACCAAAUCAGUAUCACAAACACGCUUUAGAAGUGGAUUCACAGUUAAGAUUGAUUGAUCCAAGAUGUUUUCCAAAAUUAGUGGAUCAGUGUGAUAAGAAUGGUGAUGGACAAAUCGAUUUUGAAGAAUUUGAAAUGAUGAUGAAACAUGUCAGAAGAAAAUUCCCAACCUCACAAAUGCAUAUAGAAAAAGUUAGGGAUGUAUUUGAAAAAUAUGAUGCAGAUCAUGAUAAUAAUUUAGGAUUAAAUGAAUUAGCCAAAAUGUUUCAAGAGAUUUCAAAUAGAUUGACUAGUUUACCUGCAACAGCUCAAGUAGCGAAUCAAGAAGGGAAAUAUUUAGCUAAAAAGUUUAAUAAACUAGUCAAAGACAAAGAAAAGAAAGUUGAGAAUGAAGAGAAUGAAGAACCUUUUAGUUACCGUCAUUUAGGUAGUUUGGCUUAUAUUGGAAAUUCAGCGGUUUUCGAUUUCGGUGGUAAUGGUAGUUUUGCUGGUGGAUUAAUAGCAUCUUAUUUGUGGAGAUCAAUUUAUUGGUCUGAACAAGUUUCUAUGAGAACUCGUGUAUUGUUGAUGGUAGAUUGGAUUAAAAGAGGGAUUUGGGGAAGAGAUAUUUCAAAGAAUGUGAUGACAAAAGAGGUGGGUAAAGCUGAAGAAUUUGUAACAUAUCCAACCAAUCUCUUGGGUACCUGGAUACUUGUUUUGAUUAGUAGUAAAGUGAUUUGUAUGGUCUGA